AAAAUAAAAUUAAUAAAAAAGAAGAAGAAGAAGAAGAAUGAAGAAGCGGACACGUUCUCUGGCGUUUGCUCCACGUCAGCACUGGUAAUGAACCCACUUGAUUGGAUCCUUAUUUUUGAAACUAUUCUUAAUACUUUUCUCACAUUAUAAAGGAAAAUGUCAAGUUUAUAAGACUCAAAAGAAAUUUCCUUUUUCUUAAAAAAAAAAAAAAAAGAAAAGGAAAACAAAAAUAAAAAUAAAAAGAGAAUAUCUAAAAUAAUUAAGUGUAAAAAACAAUGAAAACAAAUUUAUAAUUCAUCGUCUUCUUCUUUCCCAAUUCUCUCUAUUUCCUCAUAUUUGAAGGUUUCAAUUAUUUAAAUUUCUGUAAAUUUAACUGACCAUAAAAAGAAAAUAAUAAUAAUAAUAAAAAAAAGAACAAGAAGAGGGAUCGGAAGAAAACAAAGAGAGAAGAGGGGAUAGAUUGAAAGGGUUAGCGUUUGAUCUGAGAAAUGGACUCUGAUUUCUGGACCUCUCGUCUCGCUGCCGCUAAACGCCAAUAUACGUUGCACCACCACAAUCAGACCUCUCACUUAGAUCGGUUGGGGAUGGAUGAUUUGGAGGUUGAAGACGAUAUCCGACCUGAGUUCCCUUGCCCCUAUUGCUACGAAGACUUUGACAUCGCUUCCCUAUGUUCGCAUCUUGAGGACGACCAUUCUUGCGAAUCCAAAGUCACCGUUUGUCCAGUAUGCUCUGUUAGAGUUUCAAGGGACAUGCUAAGUCAUAUCACCUUGCAACAUGCACACUUGUUCAAGAUUCAACGACGACGAAGGCUACGCAGAGUUGCCAUUCCUAACAGUCAAGCUCUGUCUCUUCUUGGUCGGGAUCUUCGGGAAGCUCAUUUGCAGGUGCUUUUAGGGGGUGGUGGUGGAUAUCGGUCAAACAAUUCUAGUGUUUCUAAUGCAGCCACCGAUCCACUCUUAUCAUCUCUUAUAUUGAAUUACCCUACAUCUGAGGCAGAGGAAAUUUCAAAGUCUGUUGUUGCCAAUGCUGAUGACACAUCUAUGAAAAAAGUUGCACCAGCCCAUACAUGGAAAUCAAGUUUUGAUCCAUCCUUGAGUUACGAAGAGCGUGAAAAAAGGAUGAAACAAGCUACCGGGAGAGCUGGUUUUGUGCAAGAUCUGUUCCUCACAACACUGUUAGGAGACUAAUUGAGGCAGAAAAUGCUCUUGAAUAAUAGGAAGAAAGUUAUUUAAAGUCCUCCUUAUAAGGGAUAAUUUCUGGGUGGGGAUUGAAAUGGUUGUAUGUACCAUGUAAGACAACCCAAGGUGUGGUUGGGUACGAGUAAAUGCAGCAUCUAGACACUAAAAUCAAUGCCACCCCAUUGAUAUAACCCCAUCCAUCCCCUUUUACCAUCCUUAACCUGAAGAACACAUGGUCUUUUUUAAAAUUCUAGGGAAGACCUAAUAAUUCUGUGAUAUUGUUAAGUUACUACCUAAAUGGUGAAAGAAGAAAAAGAAAGAGAAACUUGAUAUGUUAUUUAUGUAAUUGUAUUGUUUUACUAGUUGACAAGUGUGAAAUUUGAGUUGUGUCUUUUACCUU